AUGGCACCUAGGAAGAAGACGAAGAGGAAGGCCAACAAGCGCGUCAAAGUCACGCACCCUCCAGUCCCGGACGCUGGCGAACAACGUACCCGGGGAAAGAGGAACCGACCCGUCAUUCCAGACUCUGAUGAUGAGCUGGCCACUGAAGACGAGACCGAGGACGGAAGCCCCGUUCCAUCGCAGACUCAUAUUAACCCGGGUUUGAACGACGUGCGAAGAUGGAUCGCGUAUUAUGUCGUACAAUACUACGUCGUAGCCUCGCGAAACAAAAAGCUGAUCCAUGACGCAACCACCCAGUGA